UGUUUUUCUGAUGAUCGCCAGAUCCUCACAGAAAAUUUGGCGAGUGGCAGCUCCCUGAAGUGGUCAGAGCUUCAGGUGCAUGACCCCGCGAUUUGGCGACCCCACCAAGCCCCAAAAGCUGGACAGGAGGAAGGGAAGGCCUCCUCUCACUUUGUUCUUCUCUGACCAACUUGAUUGAUGUCUGGGAAAAUAGAAGAAGCUAUUACAAACAUUCGAAUGGGAAUCAGUCGUUGCAAGAGCGGCCGGGUGAUCGCCCCACAACUCGAGAAAGGCAAAGUCGGGUGUCUCCUAGAGGCCAGCAUUUACAAGUAUGAAAUUGUUUGGCAGCGAGCAUUUGCCCUACAUGCGGCUGCCAAAAUUCAGAGAAGGGUACUUGGAACAACCCAUAGUCUCUAGCUCGUACUUCUAGUACAAGGGCCUUAAGUCUGUUAAGCUCAGGAGAAUUAAAGAAGGGCUUUUGACGGCAAAGUUUCAAUGAGGUAUGUAUCUUCGUUGGCAAAGGGCCUUCACGAGGCAGCGGAAAGGAGUUGCCAUGUUUUUCUCCCGUUCAAAUCAGUGUGGUUCCAAAUACGUACUUGACUCUAUGACUUUCAGCGUCGUCAGGCUUCCUUGAUCUCGGCUUCCUGAACGGCUUCUGCAGACUGAUGCCGGAGCUCACUCUUUGCAAUUACCAUGAAUCUGGCAACUCCGCAAACGACUCCCGCAAACCAUUUUAAACGCCUUUCAUGGUCCCGAGAAUGAAAGUUGGCUGCGUGCCACCAACCAUACCAAUUCUAGGGGCAUAAAGUCUUUCCCGGUCCCACUGGUUCAAGCACUCCCCGCUCCAAACAAAAAAGGCCCCACGUCGGCUCGUCUCCGCCAUCUCUCCACCACUUAUUUAGCCCUCAUCAAGUCCGGCUUGCAUCACGUAGGAUAUUUUCGAAAAGCUUCAUAAUACAUAUAUCCGUGUCUGGACUUUUUUCUCGCAAGUCAUUACUCUCUUCACAUUCAAUCUAUAUACAGUAGAGACUAGAGCGGAAGUCAGCAGCGAAUUUACCGUGCGAUUUUGAACGAGGUCCCACAUCAGGGCCUUCACGACUUACAGGCAGACAAAAUGGCAUCCCAGGAGUUGAAGAAGUCUUUGAGGAUAUGUGUUAUUGGAGCAGGAAUGGGUGGGUUGGCAUGUGCACUUGCACUUGCAAAGGAGGGGUUUCAAGAUAUCCAAGUCUUUGAGACAGCUUCGAAUUUAGGAUUCGUCGGUGCUGGAAUCCAAUUGGCUCCAAACAUGGCUCGGAUUUUGGACAAGUUGGGUGUUUGGAAAGCAAUUGAAAAGGAAGCUGUGAGAUGUCAUGAAACUAGCAUUAGAGACGGAGCAAGUGACAAUGAAUUGGCACACGUUGAGCUAGAUUAUAUCUACAAGACUUAUGGAUAUCCACAUAUGGUCGGGCACAGGACAUCCCUUGCUGGUGGUCUUUACGAAGGAUGCAAAGCCGAGAAAGCCAUAAAAUUCCACUUUGCAACUUCUCUUAGCGGCAUCAAGACCUGGUCGCCAAAGACGACUUUUACAGCAACACCAAGAAACGGCGAACCAUUCACAGUUGAAGCAGACGUUGUGCUCGCUGCUGACGGAAUCAAGAGUAACGCAAGGCGGGAUAUGCUGAAGACCCUCAAAAUCGACGCAGACAUCAUUGACACGAACCAAGCCGCAUACCGUAUCAUGAUCAACCGUUCUGACAUUCUGGAUGACCCCGAGCUUCUCGAAUUGAUGGACGGGGAGACUGUGACACGAUGGAUUGGAGAGAAGCGGCACAUCAUUGCAUACCCUAUUUCGAAUAACACGAUCUACAACAUGUCUACUUGCCAACCCGACGUCAACUUUGCAGCUGCACCUUCUGAGACAUACACAACAAAGGGAUCGAAGCCAGCUAUGUUAUCAGUCUUCGCUGAUUUCUGUCCGAAGAUCCAACGACUGCUGAAUCUGGUCCCCGAUGGCGAAGUCUGCGAAUGGAAGCUUCGUGUGCAUGCGCCCCUCCCUACUUGGGUUCACGGCUCCGUUGCUUUGGUAGGAGACGCAUGCCAUCCUACCUUGCCACAUCUGGCCCAAGGAGCAGCCCAAGCCAUCGAAGAUGCUGCAGUCAUUGGAGUUCUGCUCGGAAAGCUUCCCAAUUCCUCGCCUGAGACGAUCAAUAAGACAUUGAAAGUGUAUGAGAAGAUCAGGAAAGGCAGAGCAGAGACACUGGUCGAAAUGGCGGCAGCUUCAGGGAGGGAAUUACAUCUUGGAAAGGGUGCUGCGAAGGAAGAGAGAGAUAGACAGUUUGAGGAGUUGAAGAAAAAGGGUGGGAGGGUGCCAGACAAGUGGGCUGAUGCGGAUGUACAGAAGAUGAUUUAUGGACUUGAUGUUAUGAAGAUAGCUGAUGAGGAGUAUGAGGAGUUGUUUAAGAGUAUAUAGCGUGGUUGCAAAGCGCAACUUGUAAUUGUUUAUUUUGAGCACUCGCUUAUCCAUCACGUGUAUGAUUCUGGCAAGGCAUUUACCGUUCAAUUGCCAUUUGAAGCACUGGACAGGGUGGAUACUGUAUAUAUGAUUUCCUCUUUAAGUUACCAGAGAAUUUGAAUGCUUUCUGACCA